ACCCUAAUUAUCAUUUCGAGCAUUUUGCAUUAUUAAUUUACCUAUAAGUUAUUUAUACAUCCAAAAAUUAAAUAUUGGCUGUAUGCGUUACACAGCUUUUGUUCACUCAAUAGCUGUAUCCCAAAUAAUUAUUACAACAAUUACUGCUUACAAUUAGUAGUUGGCUUACCACGAUUAUUUGAUACUUUAGUACUCUGGGAGAAGCGUUACCUACGUACAUAUGAAGACACCUAAAGUCAAGCAAUCGAGUUAGCUUACUUUUCAUACUCAUGUUCAGAUUGUGUAACUAUGAUAAUUUAAAAAUUAUAACAACUUAUCACCUUUCGAGCUCAUUCAAUCUACUACGGAAUGGCAAAGGCAUUCAUUAGAUAACCGAUUUUUCCGCUCAUUUUGUAUUUAUAAGAGGAUUUUGUAAUUUUUCUUUCAUAUACAUGUACACUUACCCAAAGAAAAUGAGUCAGCCAUGCUCACCUAAAAGUACUCUAAAUAAUGGGGGCACAGGGGAUAAUCGUCCGUUAACCAUUAGAGUAAUUGACACAUCCAUCCCUUCUCAGUCAACGAUACACAAAUUAAGUCGUGGAGAAAUAUGCAACACUUUAACAAAUUUACGAACGUACUUAAAAGUGAAUGCCUCCGAUAAAAAUGCACUCCCAACACCACUAGCGAUUUCAACAUCCAAAGAAACGGUCAAGUCAGGAAUAUCUUCAAGUCUCGGCUUCCUGGCGUUUACUAGAGCAAACUCACUGCAAACACAAGAACUCCUCCCAAGAACUCAUAUUGGACAUCAUCAACGAAAGAAACUUCCUUGGGUUCUUGAAUCGACCAAAAAUUCCCUAGGACAAAAUACCGAAAGAAAUUCAGCUGAAGGCGAGUCUCGUUCCAGAACAGGAUCAUCUACACCCAGCUCCGUUAGCAAAAAUCUGUGCGAAACACCAUCUCAGCAGUCACUGGGCUCGUGUUCUGGAGAAAAUACCCCUAAAAGACCAAGUCAGGCCAACUUUCUCUCAACCAAGGGGGACAUGUUGAAAAGCUCAGCCAUUGAACGUUUUCAAAAGUUUUUAAAGCGUACAAAGAAACCUCCACUUCGCGUUGGUGUCAAGGUAUGCAUCCAGCCUGAAAUUUCUCCCGAGGUGAGGUCAGCAAUCACAGCGUCAUACAAUCGACAUUAUGGCAAAACCAAUGCGCAAACUGAUAUUAUUUGGCAACCACAAGAACUGACAGAAAUGUCGCCCACUAUUAAUAAUGCAGAUAAAAUAGCAUUUUUACCCGAAGGUGGAGAUGCGACCAUGUCAUACGUAUGAGAUUUAUUCCUAGGGAAUCCAAGCAGAAAUCCUUCUUAUGUAUGUAUCCCUGGAAUUGACAUGCAUUCUCCUCUCCAGUUCUGUUAUGUUAUGAGAAUGAUAAGCAGGUCUUUAUUUGACUGUUGUAAUGAUAUGCAAGUUGUACAAGUGUGCUUUAACCUUCGAUGCUUGUGGAGCCGUACCAUUGAACUUGCAAACUUAACUAUUGAGCUAUUGCUAAUGUUUUCCCAAGUUGUCAUAUUGCGUACAAAUAAAUAGUUUUGUAUGUAUGCCCAAUGAUUUUGACGAAGGAAUUACCUGCGAGAUA